AUGGUUUGUAAAUGGGAUCUGGAAGUGGGAUACAGGCAAACACUUGCAUACGCCUACAUUAUUGUUGACUGUGCCGGUUUCUUCUCAAAUAUAUGGGUACUACAAGUCGUAUGGCCACUACUAUUUUCAAAAUCUUUCCGGAUACCAAAAAGUAUAAUGUUUUAUAUUGUCGUCUUAUGUUUUUCGGAUCUUUGCACAAUGAUUGGUUUAAUCUUUGUAAUUCUGGAUAUGAUCCGGGGUAUGUGGAUAUUUGGCGAAAUUGCAUGCGAUGUUUAUUUGUUGGUUGAAGCAUGCAACAAAUUUUUUCCACCAUUUAUUGUCGUCUUAAUUAGUCGUACCUGCUAUAAAACAGUAUGCCAGGAUGCUAUAGAACGAAAAAAAGCAUCUAGUAUGAAUGUUAGCGGGUCGAAUACGUUUGCUGUUUUUCAAACUGCUAUUGCAUUGGCAAUUGUAUUGGCAAUUGUAUUACCACAUUUGCUGUACAGUGGUACAUUGGAUAUUAUUGUAGCACAUGAUAAUAUUACAAUGACGGCUACAUAUCUGUUACGAUGUUCAUUCUUACCACCACCAGUUGCCGAAAUGUUUUUUGACAUAAUCUCAUUUAUUGUAAGCUAUUUUAUUCCGCUUAUUGGUACAAUUUACUAUUUUGUAUCAGUUCCAUUGUUCCUAAAGAAACGAGCAGAAAAUUCAAUUGCAUGGAGCAGGUAUAAGUUUUAAAA